AUGGCAGGUGGCAAAGGUGUCUCCAUGUUCCCCUUGGUCCGGAUCUCGCCUCCACAUAUCAACGUCGACCUUUACGAUUCGUUCGAUGAGCUGCACCAACGUACGGUGGAUCAGAUACUCUCCGACGAAGCAAGCUUUGAGAACAGCUUUGACGAUUAUAGUGGUAGUGAUGGUAUAAAUGGAGAUGAUGACAUGGCGCAAAGUGGGGGUGAACACACCUCGGCAUCUACCGCUACUACGCAAAUUGCAUAUGUGAACUCUCCUUAUUUCCCAAGUAAAAGGCGCUCGAAGACCCAGAAGGCGGCACAGAGACAUAUCAGUCGCAUGAACUCGAUUGACGAUGAAAACGAUAACGAGAGUGGUAUGAAUGUGGAUGGGCCUGAUGGACACACGAUCGUCGAUAAUGGCGAAACUCUGGAUGCCGCUUCCGAGGAGGAUAUCGUCUUCGCGUCUGUGGACCUAGACAAGAGGAUGAGACUUCUUACCUUCAUCAGCUCACACCCUUUCAUGAAAAAAGGCGAAUAUCCUGUGCUACGAUCUGCGCGACGGAAAUUCGUUCGUGAAAUACGUCGAGAGAGUCUAUCGGUUGGUAUGAAAGAGGCUGAUCUUGGAAAGCUUGUUACGUAUGUUAAGAAGAUCUACCUUGAGCUCUUUGGAAAUGGCCAGAUGAGUCUGGAUGGUUCUGGCUUUGGCGAGGAGAUCAAGGACGAGACUGGUACGCAAAAGAGUCGAUCAAGGUCGUCUAUCAAGGACGACAAGAGGAAGCGCAGCACAGGCAAUGAUCAAGCAACAACGUCGAAACAGGAGGAAAAGAAGACUACAUCGAAGAAACGAAAGUCACUCGAGCCAAUCACCGACGGACACCGUAAUAAGCGUGAAGCCGUUGAUCUGGAUGCGAACCAUUCGACCGCGAAGUCUCCUUCGAGUCAUUUUCAAGUCAGCAGGGAAAGAACUACGAAUGUCGCUAAGGGCAUGCCUGAAAUUACCAUUGACCUAUGCCCGAGUGAUAACGAAAGUCCCGAGUUAUUCGCCAAGCAGGAUGCCCCGAAUAGAAGGAAGCGUGAUAAUCGCAAACAACGAAAGAAGAAACUUUUUCGCGCAAGCCUUACGAACACCGAACAUGUCGCACUGUCAACGAGAUUUUUAGAUACCAAUGAUUCGCAAAGUUCAACCACCAGCGAUGAGGUGAGGUCAAAGUAUUUCAUCGCUCCUCAGAAAUUGGAGAAAGGGAAGAUGCAUUGCGAAGAGAAAAGAAAUGGCCCCUCAAAGAAUGCCCCUGAUCAGAUACCCGAAGAAACCCGAAUUCUCCUAGCUAAGCUGAAUCUUUCCUCAGACUUUCUUUCCACUGAUUCGGACUUGAGUGAUGUACCUAGCGGUUUCGAUGAUAUUCCAUUUGAUUACUCUCUCAGUGUCUCACCUAUAGAAGCACAGCGUGCAUCAGAGGCUGUAGAGCCAAGCACACCGACUAAAGCAAAAUCAACGGGGAGUGCUCCUGUGCUGCCUAGAACACCACGUUUGAGGCCUCAGAAGAUAUCACCUUACUUUCCCAAACCUCUGGUCGACCCUGAUUCAUGUCUUCCGUUUCCGCCAAUCGAUGCGCCAUCAUUCGGCUUAGUGCAGGAGCAACUUGCCCACGAUCCUUUCCGUCUAUUGAUUGCCACCAUCUUCUUGAACCGUACCCGUGGAGGCGUUGCGCUCCCAGUACUAUUCAAGGUUUUCGAUCGAUUCCCAACAGUGGAGGCGAUGGCAUCAACGGACACAAACACCCUGGCGUCUAUGAUACAUUGCCUCGGCUUCCAGAACCAGCGAGCGAAAAAGUGCAUUACGCUAGCCCAGACCUGGCUGGCCUUUCCACCUACGAAAGGAAAGCGCUACCGCAAACUUCACUACCCCUGCAAGGGAGAUGGACGACAUGGGGCUUCCACGGCGCAUUUCAGUCCGGAAUGGAAAUCAGUGUUGCCGCAAGACAAAGAGCUACGGGCGUACUUGACGUGGAUGUGGUUAAAGGAGGGUUGGGUGUGGGAUAGACACACUGGGGAGAGAACACCGGCGAGUGAACGAGUGAUGCGAGCAGCACGUCGAGGAGGGGUGGCUCAUGAAGAGGAUGGGAAUUGGGUUCUUGAGAUGUCGCCUGUGAAGAAGGCGUCGAAUGGAUUGACAGCAUGGAACGAAAAUAUCAACCGAUCGGACAGUGGGGACGAGAGCAGGAAACAAGGGGUGGAAAGGAAGAACGACAACGCUCUAUUGCCGUCUUCCACCCUUCCUUUCACCUCUUUUCGAAACCUUUCCACCUUCUUCCACAUGAUGUUUCUACCGCUGAGACUAAAUGAACGAGAUCGCGAUAGGGACCGGGAGAGAAAGACUUCUUCAUCUUCGACCCUUUCAUCCAAAUCAAGACCACGCAAGAAUCGCUCGUCCCACGGACAAACCUCCCGCACUUCAACCAAGGAUCGCGACCCCGACGCUCCCACGGGCCGCGCCUCAACCCCUUCCACAUCUACUUCCAAUUCCCGCAAACAGCGCCGGUCAUCCAUGCCUGGGGUCGACAGCGCCAGCCGCUCGGGCACAGCCUCGUUCCUCGAGUCGAGGACCAGCCUGCCAUACCCGACGUUCUCCAAAGCCCACAGCAAAGAAGUCGUCGGCAAACCGAGCAUCCCUACACCAGAUCCGACCGACCUGACAGAGGGAGGUAAAGAAGGUAGCAAUGGAAAUACGAAGGACCGUGUCGAUAAUAACAACCAAGCGCCCCCCAGUCCGCCGCUGACGAGUGUGGACCAGCAAUCACACAAGGCAAGCACAGUUGGUAGUAAGGAGGAAAAGGGAGCGGAGGAGAAGCCAGAGAAGCCAAAAACAAAGAUUCGGAUUAGAGCUGAGUCCACGCGGUCUUCCUCAAGUCUGCGGUCGAAGAAGGAUGACAGUUCCAAGACGAGCAAGCCAACACGGUCGGAGACAGUGAAACCAAAGCGCUCCAGCUAUGAGACCGAUUUGCCGUCACGGACGGCCAGCCGCAAUUCGACUCGGUCAAAGAUCGUAGAGGAAGCGGCUUCCCCUAAGCGGUCAUCCAGCCAUGCCACUCCCCCUCGCUCCCCCGCGACAGUGCGCGACGUUGGUCCGGACUCCGCAAAUGGAUCGGACGCAACCAUUGCGCCGCCUCAUCAGUCUACAACUUCUCGCAAGCCGAAGAGUCCAGAGAAGCCGCCAUCACGCAAUCAGACGCGAUCGUCGACCUCAUCGCGCCCGAGUUUUGGGGCUCGUACACCGGUUGACGCAGCCUAUGAUUAUGGACGACCCCCUACGGCGAGCUCUGCCUACGGCGCUCCACCACCACCGCCGCCUCCUCCCGAAGUUCCUGUCUCGAUUCCGAAAGUGGACUAUCUUCUACAGAAUGGUGGGCUAGACCAUCGUGUUCCAAAGUCUAUGCUCGGUCCUUCUGUUCCCGAAAACUCGCCGUAUGCGCCAUCGCCUUCUCAAUCCGCAGCAACCAAGAUUUUUGAGCCGUUCAACCGGCUUCUUGAGGAUUACAGUAAUGUAAUGGCUAAGAACGGGUCGCUAGCGGUUGCCACGGGGUAUCGGUCCGUAGCGCGCCGCCUGCUCGAUCGCUUGGAAGCGGUGUUUGCCCGUGACAUUUCAUGCGAGUACUGCAGUUGUCUGAUGUGUGAGCAUGGGACAAUGGAAGAGCGUCCGUCAGGCGUCAGCUGGGGUGAAGUAUUGGAGCUUGUCUCCGGCCGUCGUGAACUUCCCAGCUGGCCGGCUUUCAUAUUGAAUCCGGCCGUGGUUGACGCGAAUUGGUCUGGGGAGGAACAUAUUCCGAUGCAGAAGCUGGACAUUGAUGUGCCGGAGGAGUAUCGUGAUCACUUUAUUCGUCAGUCGCGCAAGACGAAAGUUGCUGUGGACAAGUGGCUCAAUGAACAACCCGGUCAGGCCACGAGCGCGCCUGAAGAGGUAGAUGACGAAACGCUGACCUUUGCCAUUUUAACCCAUCUCGGACCUCACGAACGUCAACUAUAUUCCGCUCUUCUCGGCCUCGGCUCUACAGUGCCUACACCACGACCGGAGGGACCACCGCGUCCCCGACCCGCACCAUUGGUGUCAUCGUCGCUCGCCAUCCAGCGGCUGUACCGAUUGGCCUCCCCUCCGCGGGAUCCCGAAGCCGCCAUCUACAUGCUUAACAAUCCAGGCAUGCACCAUGUUCUCGCCACCUUGGCAGCAAUCAGUGACGACGAGUGGGAUAUUCUUAUUUCGGGUCGGUUUGAUGGUUUUCUGCGGAGUGGUGCUGAAGACGCCUUCCCCGGCGCCCCAGGUUCAACCCCACCACGUUAUAGCUACAGUCGAUCCAACACUCCGUUCACCACCGGCGGAAUUUCGCGUGGCCCGACGCCAAACCCAGUUGACGGAGGGAUCCGACCAGCUAGCCAGCCAUAUGGCCCGUCUCUCUCGCCUGCCCCAGCCUCAUUUGGUGGCCCGAUCGCCCUGGACGAGGAAAUGGAAAUUGCGGCUCUGGCGGAGAUUGAACGGGACAUCUACCUUGGUAUGGAGGCCCUUGAAGAUGCUUUUGAGGCCCUUCACUGCAAGGCAGAGGUGGUGCGUCGCGCGCUCCGCGAACGGGGCGCAGGGCUCUCGAUUGCAAACCAGAACCGUCGCGGUUCCUACGUGGAGGCUCGCCUGGGAACUCCAGCCUCCGGCCUAGGCGUAUGGGAUGAUGGUGGAGACGACGACUUUUUGGACGAUGCCGUAUCAUUGGCCCCAGAUGACUCGGCAAGCAACAUCAGCUCCAACCGCCGACGCCGUCCAAAGCGCCGUACUGAACGACGGACACCUGCCCCUGUUGAGGAGGAAGACGAGGAAGAAGUAUACGACAGUCGACGAGGCUCCCGGAGAAGAUGA